CGGUUACAUCACUGGCCUUAAUGCCGCCAUCACUUGGGAGCUCUGCGGAGAGAGGCUGGAGAUAACGCACGCGCAGCCAGACAGGACACCACCGAGCCAGCGCCACGCUCCUUCCCGGAGCAGCACCAAGGAAGGAGGAGCUCGCGCUAGAUAGCUGCGUUGUCGGUCGGCAUGGGCGACGGAGCGGCGGCCCCGCCGAGCAGGUUCCGUACGAUCUGCGUGUUCUGCGGCAGCAACGCCGGCCGACGCAAGGUGUUCGGGGACGCAGCCCUCGAGCUUGGCCACGAGCUGGUGAGGAAGGGGAUCAAUUUGGUCUACGGCGGCGGCAGCAUCGGGCUGAUGGGCGUGAUUGCGCAGACGGUUCACGAUGGCGGCUGCCCCGUCCUUGGGGUGAUUCCUAAAGCGCUCAUGGCUAUUGAGAUAUCAGGUGAAAGUGUGGGAGAAGUGAAGAUUGUAGCUGACAUGCAUGAGAGGAAAGCUGAGAUGGCUCGACAAUCCGAAGCGUUCAUCGCUCUUCCAGGGGGAUAUGGAACAAUGGAGGAGUUGUUAGAAAUGAUAACAUGGUCCCAACUUGGAAUUCAUGACAAACCAGUUGGGUUGCUGAAUGUCGAUGGUUACUACGAUCCGCUGCUUGCACUAUUCGAAAAAGGCGCAACGGAAGGUUUCAUUAACCCUGAUUGUAGGCAAAUAUUUGUUUCUGCGCCUACUGCAAGUGAACUGCUGACAAAGAUGGAGCAAUACACUCGGUUACACCAGGAGGUAGCCCCAGCAACGAGCUGGGAGAUUUCAGACCUCGGUUACGGGAAAGGCUCACCGGCAGACUCCUAGCACUUGCAUUUCCUGAAGUGAAGCUCUCCACUGAUGUCUUUGUUUACCUUACCAUUUCUUGAAGUGUCUAAACUGUCCAAUCCGGUAUCGGCUCGGGAGGCGAUUUCUUAUCUAAUCAAGGAAUUGACCUUCCUCGUCGCCAUUCGCAAUUUGAAGUUUGAUUGCUUGGUUAUGUAAGCUACUCCUCUUUUGGUGUGUGGUCCUUGUGGAAUCGAUCCGACCGGGGCAGCACGAAAGCAGCAGCCGCCCCGGAGACGUCACAGGUGAGCGACCACUGGUUGGGUUUGUACUCAUUGUUGGAGCUUCUUUUGGUUGAAAAACGAUGAUGAUGUGAGUGAUGAUGCCGCGGA